AUAAAUCUAUUUUAUCUCUAAAUACCAAUCAACAUUAUGAAUUUAAACGGAAAUAAAACAUGUGCUGUGCUGUGUUAACAUGGCGAAUUUUCUUGGUCACUAAAAUCGUAUACACCGAGACGUAUGUCUAAAGUGUAAAUGUUAUGGAAUUUUCCUUUGAAAGAGCAGAUUUUUUACUUUUGGAAUAGUUUACAAGUUUUGAUAACCACUGCAAUUCGUCAAAAUGAGUGUCGAUGCGUACGGGCCUAGCUCUCAAACGCUGACUUUCCUGGAUACUGAGGAAGCAGAUCUUAUCGGAGCUGAUACUCAGGGAUCCGAGUUCGAAUUCACGGAUUUCACACUUCCAUCCCAAAGCCAGACGCAAGCGUCACAGCACGAUCAUGGGAUUACAUCUUCGAACCAAGUCAACGGUAUUGGGCGAAACGACCUUAACGCCAAAGUGUCUAGUGUCACCAAUGCGAUUGCUGAGCUGCAGUUCGAAGAGGAGGAUGAGGCACUUUACAGUAGCAAGGAAUUGCCAGAUCAUGCGUGUAAAUACUGCGGAAUACACGAUCCAUCCACUGUUGUCAUGUGUAACAUAUGCAACAAAUGGUUUUGCAAUGGCCGUGGUAACACCUCCGGAUCCCAUAUUAUCAACCAUCUUGUGCGAGCUAAGCACAAGGAAGCCGCUCUGCACAGAGACGGACCAUUGGGUGAAACCCUCUUGGAAUGCUACUCGUGUGGUGCUCGGAAUGUGUUUGUGCUCGGCUUUAUACCUGCUAAAGCUGAUUCUGUUGUUGUGCUGUUAUGCCGACAACCUUGCGCUGCACAGAGUUCACUGAAAGACAUGAACUGGGAUCAGGAACAGUGGAAACCUUUGAUUUCUGACCGAGCCUUUUUAUCCUGGCUUGUUAAGAUGCCUUCUGAGGCAGAGCAAAUGCGAGCUCGUCAAGUGACUCCACAACAAAUUGGGCGUCUCGAAGAACUUUGGCGUGACAAUGUUGAUGCUACCUUUCAAGAUUUAGAGAAACCAGGAGUGGAUGAAGAGCCGCACCAAGUUUUAUUGAGAUAUGAAGAUGGAUACCAAUAUCAGAAUAUUUUCGGUCCACUUGUAAAAUUGGAAGCAGACUAUGAUAAAAGACUGAAGGAAUCACAAACUCAGGAAGGUAUUGAGGUUCGCUGGGACGUUGGUCUCAAUAAGAAGACCAUUGCAUACUUCACACUGGCCAAGACCGACAGUGAUAUGAAGUUGAUGCAUGGUGAUGAAUUGCGUUUGAGAUAUGUAGGAGAGCUACACAAGGCCUGGUCUGGAGUUGGCCAUGUCAUCAAAGUCCCUGAUAAUUACGGAGAUGAUGUGGGACUGGAGUUGAAGAGUGGUGCUGGGGCCCCACUUGACUGUACAUCUAAUUUUGUAGUGGACUUCAUUUGGAAGAGCACAUCCUUUGACAGGAUGCAGCUGGCUCUCCGCAAGUUCGCGGUGGACGACACCUCAGUGUCAGGCUACAUCUACCGUCGGCUGCUGGGACACGAAAUUGAGGAGGUGCUGUUCCGAGUCCACCUGCCCAAACACUUCAGCGCACCCAACCUGCCCGACCUUAAUAGAUCACAGGUGUACGCGGUCAAGCACGCCCUUCAGCGGCCCUUGUCCCUUAUUCAAGGACCACCAGGUACCGGGAAAACUGUGACAUCAGCUACAAUAGUAUACCAACUAGUACGUCAAAACGGCGGACCCGUCCUCGUGUGCGCCCCCUCCAACACCGCCGUGGAUCAGCUGACCGAAAAAAUUCAUAGAACCGGCCUGAAAGUGGUCCGUCUCUGCGCCAAAUCCAGGGAGGCUAUGGAGUCCUCCGUGUCGUUCCUAGCCCUACACGAACAAGCGCGAGCUUUGGGUUCGGCCGACAGCGAGCUGCGCAAACUGACGCGCCUGAAGGAGGAGGCCGGCGAACUGUCGGCGGCCGACGAGAGAAGAUAUCGCGCCCUCCGCCGCGCGGCAGAGCGACGCCUGCUCGACGCCGCCGACGUCGUGUGCACCACCUGCGUCGGCGCCGGCGACCCGCGCGUCGCCCGCAUGAGGUUCCAGUCCAUCCUCAUCGACGAGGGCAUGCAGUCCACUGAGCCCGAGUGCAUGGUGCCCGUCGUCCUCGGCGCCCGCCAGCUCAUCCUCGUCGGCGACCACUGCCAGCUGGGCCCCGUUGUCAUGUGCAAGAAGGCCGCCAAGGCCGGCCUCAGCCAGAGCCUGUUCGAGCGCCUCGUCGUUCUCGGCAUUCGGCCGUUCCGCCUGGAGGUGCAGUACCGCAUGCACCCGGAGCUCUCCCGGUUCCCGUCGGACUUCUUCUACGAGGGAUCCCUCCAGAACGGGGUCAGCGCCGAGGAGCGCCGCCUCCACAAGAUCGACUUCCCGUGGCCCCGCCCGGAUCGACCCAUGUUCUUCUACGUGACCCAGGGGCAGGAGGAGAUCGCAGGAUCGGGAACCUCGUACCUCAAUCGGACGGAGGCAGCGAACGUCGAGAAACUCACGACGCGCUUCCUCAAGGCGGGCGUCCGCCCCGAGCAGAUCGGCAUCAUCACGCCUUACGAGGGGCAGCGGAGCUACCUCGUCCAGCACAUGCAAUACCAGGGCAGCCUUCACGCAAAGCUGUACCAGGAGAUCGAGGUCGCCAGCGUUGACGCCUUCCAGGGGCGGGAGAAGGACAUCAUCAUCAUGUCGUGCGUGCGCUCCAACGAGCACCAGGGCAUCGGGUUCCUGAGCGACCCGCGGCGCCUGAACGUCGCGCUCACCCGCGCCAAGUACGGCCUCAUCGUGGUCGGGAACCCCAAGGUGCUGAGCAAGCAGCCGCUGUGGAACCACCUGCUGGCGUUCUACAAGGAGCGCCGCGUGCUCACCGAGGGGCCGCUGUCGAACCUCAAGGAGUCCGCGAUCCAGUUCGCCAAGCCCAAGAAGCUGGUGAACGCGCAGAACCCCGGCUCGCACUUCAUGUCGACGUCGAUGUUCGAUGCGCGGGAGGCGAUCGUGCCCGGCUCCAUCUACGACCGCGCGCGGCCGCUCCGCGACCCGCUCGCCUACGUGGGCCCGGAGCGCGCGGCCAUGCUGCACGCGCCCGUGCCGCCCGCCGCCUUCGCGCGCGGCCCGCAGCGCCAGCCGCUUGGCGCCGCGCAGCGCGGCGGGCGCAGGCGGCCCCCGCGCCUGUCGCAGGAGCCGCUGUCGCAGCAGCCGCCGCUGUCGCUGUCGCAGGGCGCCUCGCAGCCAGACUUCAGCCAGGAGUCGGCGGCGCCCGACUGCCCGUCGCAGCCCGACGGGCUCCUGUCGCAGGACUCCACGUACCAGGGCGGGUUCCGGCGCGGCCAGUACUGAGGGACGCGGCGACCACCGGCCGCUCCGCAGGAGGUAGACACGGUAUCGACGACAGCCGGCGCGCACCGCCCGCCCGACGCGUCGGGUGCAGACCGGACGAAGGAGACCACUCGACGACUCUGUUGCGCCGGCGAAAGGACACUAGCUAGUUCCUCGCCCAUCGACCUCGCCGAGGACGUCCGUCGCACCUCGAGGAAUCCCGGCGGGCGCGGAUCGUUCUCGAGUUAAUGAAUAAUCACUCCUACCGCGACAACGUUUAAACGAAAAUAUUCGGGGAAACUAGAAUGAUUGUAAAGUAAACAUCUAACCGAUAUAGUUGUGCUUCGAGCAUCCAUCCGUAUUCCGUACGAGCGUUGAGCACAAACGUUAACUCACGGAGUAGUACUAGACAAAAUUUAGGGUCAAUCAUUGUCAUCCGCUUCUUAGUACUUUGUUUCCUUGAUAAUUUAAAAAUACAUAAAAUUAAGCAUAAUAGUACUAUUUUUAUUAGGGCAGUAUCAUUGUGGUUUUAUUUCGUAUCAUCUUCAUAGGCGACGAGAAUUAGAAAUCAGUGCUCUGUACUAGUAGUUAUCAUAUCAGCAGUACUAUUUAUUGUUUUUCCUUCGCAAAAAUGCGCCUUCAUUUCAUUCCUUCUACAUUUCAUUGUCCACUACUCCUAAACAUCGUUUCUUUUUAAAUUCUGUCUAUAUUUUAUUUCUUUUAAAAUUUUAUUUGUUUCUUAUUUGAUAAAACAUAAAGUAGGGAAUUCGAGUCAACAGACAAGUUAAAUCAUUGUUAUAUAAUUAAAAUAUCUCAGUAUUAUCAUAUUAUAUUAUACUACUAUACAUGAAAUUGGUUGUAACUAUUGUACGUUUUAUUUUUACUUGGGGUUAAACUUUCAAACUUUUGUGGGGGAAAAUCAAUAAAUAUUUUUGAUCAUAA